GUCCAACAACUUGAACAAGUUUGAAAAGAACCAGGAAGAUGUUUUUAACAUCACAGCAGUGGACAUGGGUGUGUUGAAGAAACUGAGGAUCCGACAGGACAACUCCAACGCCAACGCCGCCUGGUUCCUGGAGAGGGUGGAGAUCACAGACGACAAAGACGACACCACGUACUACUUCCCUUGUAAGCGCUGGCUGGCGAUCGAUGAGGACGACGGGCAGGUGGCCCGGGAGCUUGUCCCCGUGGACGAGGCCUUCAUGAGGAAGGGCGAGGAUGACGACGAGGAGUCCAGCACCACGCUGGGUCUUGAGCAGAAAGCUAUGUCCACGACGUACACUCUGAAGGUUAAGACUGGAGAGAAGAAAUACGCCGGGACUGACGCCAACGUCUUUAUUACAUUAUUUGGUAUCAAAGAUGACACAGGCAUGAUAAACCUCAAGGCGUCCAAAACACACCGGAACAAGUUUGAGCUGGGGAUGACAGAUGAGUUUAUUGUGGAGGCCGUGGACAUCGGACAGUUACAGAAGAUACGCAUCGGACAUGACAACGACGGAGGAGGGUCUGCAGGCUGGUUCCUGGAGUCUGUGGAGAUCGACGCCCAGUCCCUGGGCCAGAGGCUGUGUUUCCCAUGUGGCAGGUGGCUGGACACCGGGGAGGACGACGGGGCCAUAGUCCGGGACCUCUUCCCCAACCCGCUGCAGACAGAGCUCUACACACCUUUCGUGCCCUAUGAGAUAAAGAUCUUCACCAGCGACCUGUUCGGCGCGGGGACGAACGCGGACGUGUUCAUCGUGCUGUACGGCCGCUUCGGCGUGUGCACGCAGCAGAAGCGCCUGUGCUUCAACAAGAGGGAGAGGACCAUCUUCUUUGAGAGAGGCGCCGAGGACAUGUUCAUAGUUGAGCUGGAGGAUGUGGGGGAUGUGAUCGAGAAGAUCCGUAUCGGUCACGACAACCGAGGGGUGAACCCGGGCUGGCACCUGGACCGGGUGGAGAUCAGGAGGCUGCUGAGGAAGGGAAAGGGCUCGGAGACGAUCAUCUUCCCGUGUGAGUGCUGGCUGGCCCGGUCGGAGGACGACGGGGAGACGGUACGAGAGCUGGUACCCUCUGACAUCAUCACGGAGAAGCUGGCUCGCGAUGGCAGCCUCAAGGUCACCGAGAUCGAGGUGGAGGACGCGCUAGAGACUCACAUGUACAGCAUCUCCGUGACGACCGGGGACGUCUAUGGGGCCGGCACUGACGCCAACGUCUUCCUCACCAUGUACGGCGACCUGGGGGACACAGGCGAGAGGAAGCUCAGCAAGUCAGAGACCAACACCAACAAGUUUGAGCGAGGAUCGGUGGAUACAUUCACCAUGGAGGCCGUGGACCUCGGACAAGUGUUCAAGAUUAAGAUUCGCCAUGACAACAGUCUGCUAAGCCCUGAGUGGUACCUGGAUCAGGUGGAGGUGGUGGACCUAGAUACGGAGGAGGUGUUCCUGUUCCAGUGUGAGCGCUGGCUCUCCAAGAAGAAGGAGGACAAACGCAUCUGCAGGUUCUUUCAUGUCAUGGGCUACGAGGGCGUCAGGGAGACUGAGAACAGUAAGAAGAAGAACCUGCCGCCAGCUCUAAAGGAUGUGGACAGCAACAUGAACAAGAAAAACAAGAAGAAGAAGGAGGAGAUUGUGGAGGAGCUGCCCAUCAUCCCGUACCACAUCAGCGUCUCCACGGGCCUGGCUGAGGACAGCAGCACUUCCAGCCGGGCCUACGUCAUCGUGGUGGGGGCCGGCCAGCACAAGACGGACCGCAUGUGGCUGGACAUGACCAACGGCAGGACCAGCUUCGAGGAGGGCUCCCUGGAAAGCUCUGUGUGCCACGGGGCGGACGUGGGAGAGAUCAAGAAGGUGGAGCUGGGCCAUGACGGAGCUACUCCUGAGAGCUGCUGGCUGGUGGAUGAACUGGCCAUCUCUGCGCCCACCAGGGGCCUCAAAUACGAGUUUGCCUGCAAGUGUUGGCUGGCCAAGGACCGAGGAGACGGGCUGACCUCCAGAGUGUUCAACAUGUUGGACGCCGAGACCAUCUCCAUCACUCGGAAGAUCAUCUACGAGGUGGUGGUGCUGACUGGGGAUGUGCAGAACGCUGGGACUGACACCAAUAUCUUCAUGUCGGUGUUUGGGCUCAAUGGGAGCACCGAAGAGAUGUUCCUGCAGAAGAACGAGGACCGGUUUGAGCGGGGCCAACAGGACACCUUCAACUUAGAGAUUGAUGACAUCGCUCCACUGAAGAAGAUGAGGGUCCGCAUCGAUGGCAUGGGCAGCCGACCCGACUGGUUCCUCGAUAAGGUGACUCUGCGUAACCUGACCACAGAAGAAGAGUGCCUGUUCACCUACGAGGACUGGCUGUCCAGGACGCUGGGGCCCAAGCACACCCUGGUCUCUGAGAUGGCGGCAGUGGUGGACGGCGAGGAGAUGGUGGAGCUCACAGAAUACAUCAUCAAUGUCAAGACCAGCGACGUUUCAGCGGCCGGCACGGACGCCAAUGUUUGGCUCAUUAUCUUCGGAGAGAAUGGAGACACGGGAACUCUGACCUUGAGAGACUCCAGCAAAUCCAACAAGUUUGAACGGAAGCAGGUGGACACGUUCCGCUUUUCAGACAUCCUCAGCUUAGGAGAGCUCUCCAAAGUACGUGUGUGGCAUGACAACAAAGGUCCUGCUCCCGGCUGGCACAUCGAGUACAUCGACGUGAAGGACGAGGUGAUGGACCAGACGUUCCGCUUUCCGUGCGACCGCUGGCUGGCCAAAAACGAGGACGAUGGGCAGAUCAUGAGGGAGCUGCCCUGUGCCAACAACGACAAGCUGGACUUCAACGAGAAGACCAAAUAUGAGAUUAGUGUUACCACGGCAGACACCGAUGAUGCAGACACCAAGGAGAAUGGCUGGGUGAUCCUGGAGGGAAAGAAGGCAAGAUCCAAAGAGUUCACCCUGGAGAAUUCAUCCAAGAAGAAGAGGUUUCAGCGCGGAGGUGUGGACAGUUUUGACUUCUCCUCCAAGAAUGUGGGUGACAUCGCCAGCAUCUGCCUGGGCCACACGCCCAAGGACGGGAAGAAAGUAAAGGGAGAGGCGUUCUGGCAUGUGGAGGAGGUCAUCGUCACGGAAAAAGAGAUGGGGAACAGGUACAUAUUUGCGUGCAACGCUCAGAUCCCACUCUCGGCCAAGCGGGACGAGUUCAUGACCUUCGAGUGCACGCGCACGGUGGAGAGCUUCGCCAGCAAGGCCAGCAGCCUGGUGCCUGUCAAGUACGAGAUCAUCGUCAUCACGGCGGACCAGAAGGGCGCCGGCACCGACGCCAACGUCUUCAUCACGCUCUACGGCACCAACGGUGACUCUGGCCGCAGGCAGCUCCGGCAGAAGUUCCGAAACCUGUUUGAGCGCGAGCAGGCGGACCGCUUUGUCCUGGAGAUGCUGGACAUGGGUGAGCUGCUCAGGGUGAAGAUGGAGCACGACAACACAGGCCUGAGUCCGGGCUGGCUGCUGGACCGCGUGGAGGUCACCAACACCGCCAACGGGGUCACCACCGUCUUUAUGUGUGGGAAGUGGCUGGACACCAAGAAGGCGGACGGACAGAUCUUCAGGAUUAUUUACCCCAAAUACUGAUGAUACCCCAAGAAACAAACACUACCCAACGUCCUAGACUUCCCUUGGUAUGGAGGCAUCGUUUUAUUGCCUAAGGACUCAUGGGAUAAGUAUAAAAAAGUGUACUGAAAACCUCAACGCUCAGGAACUGAUGUUGGCUUUAUAUCUUUUUUUUUUUUUUACAUUCAUUUCGUAAUUUAUCAACAGCAAUUAGAAAUUGAGAGUUCAUACUGACAAUUAUUCUCUUAUUCAGGUAUAUAUAAAGUUGCCAUCCUUAUCAUUUUUAAAGUGGCAAUCUCUAGGAUCUCCAAAGAUUUUCAUUUAAAUAAAAGGUCACCAUCAACCACCAGAUGAGCCAAAACAAUGUGGAUUGAGCCUGUGGACCACCAAUGAAAACCCUGCAUCUUCUGCAGUGUUAUGAAUAGGAAAUGGUUGUCAGUGGCGACUAUCACGCCAGGCAUUCAAAUCACAAGCUUUGCAGUUAGUGAUGCGUUUUCCAUUCUCCAGCAGUGGCCUGUUACACCAGAGUAUGGCGGAGCCAACAGACUUGCUUUUCUCACCAUAGGUGGUGCCAAAGAGAAGAACGGAGAUAUACAAGAUGGCCGCUUGCAUAUGGAUCAGGAAUGCAUCAACUCAUUUUUUUUCAUUAUGUAUAAAGCUUCGUCAAUUAUUUUCUUAUGGUCACAAUUUCACAGCAAUCACUUUGAUUUUAAGCAAGACGCGUGUAAGAGUAUCAAUUUGAGCUUCUAAAAGUUAAGUUAAAAAAAAAAUGUAAAUGAUCAGUGGCACACACACCAUAUAUUUUAUCCAGUUUAUUACAAAAAAAGGGAACAUACAAAAGGAAAAUAUAUAAGCAAUGAAGUAAAACAAAUAUAAAAACAAAUCAGAAGAGUUUGGGUUUAGCAAUGCAACUUCAAAAUCAUUAUCAUUAGUAGUAAUAAAUAAAUUACAAAAUUCCACCAAAUGAAUUGUAACAUUUACCCAUAAUAUGCUCAUCCAUUACUUCAUCAACACAAUCAUCCGUAUUGAGCUAUUGCUUUAAUAUUAAUGAUAAAUAGUAAAUAUUAAUGAUAAAUAUAUAUUGAAAAACAUUGCGCAGUCUCAGCUAAACAACAGAUUUCAUACAGAUGCUGGCAGCCCUUUCACUGGCACUUUUUUGGGGGAUAUUAUCCGUCCAUUUAGUUAUUCGGAUUUGAAGCAGCAGCAAAAAUGUAUUCAAUAGUUUUAUUCUUUGUAUGUAUUUUCCACCAUAUACAAUACCAUUUAGACUACAUUAUAACCUGAGAAGAACAUGCAUUUUUAGAAAGGUUGUGCUUUGAAAUCCUGUGUCGUCACCCGAGUUUCAUGAUAUAUAAGAGGAUUCUGAAUAUUUAUAAUUCAAAUGAGAAAUACAUUAAUAAGUAAAUGUUUUUUAUGUAUGAGAUUACAGGUAAAC